GCGAUCAAUCGAAGAAGAAGAAGAAGAAAUCUGCGCGCAAGUUGAAGAAGAAAGCGAGGAAUAUUUAGGUGUUUUCUGUGCGAUCGAUCGGGGGAGUUUCUGUGUGUGAUCGGAAGAGAUGUGGAACGCUAACGUGAAAAACGACCCGGAGGCCGGCAGGGCUCCGUUAUAUCCGACGAUGAUAGAGAGCCCGGAACUCCGGUGGUCGUUUAUUCGGAAAGUGUACUCGAUUGUAGCUAUCCAGUUGCUGCUGUCCGUCGCCGUCGGCGCUGUCGUCGUCUCUAAUCACCAUAUUUCGCGCUUCUUUACAACUACUCCCGCCGGCUUGGCUCUCUACAUCGUUCUCAUCAUCACGCCUUUCAUAGUGCUCUGCCCCUUGUAUUACUAUCACCAGAGGCAUCCGUACAACUAUGUCCUGCUAGGCGUUUUCACGGUGGCCAUUUCCUUCUCAGUCGGAUUGACCUGUGCAUACACUAGUGGGAAGGUGAUCCUAGAAUCAGCCAUUUUGACAGCAGCAGUUGUGGUUGCUCUUACUUUAUAUACAUUCUGGGCAGCAAAGAAUGGCUAUGAUUUUAGUUUUCUAGGACCGUUCUUGUGUGGCGCUAUCGUGGUGCUAUUCUUGUUUUCAAUAAUCCAGCUGUUCUUUCCUAUGGGGAAGAUCACAGUGAUGAUCUAUGGGGGUCUGGCAUCAAUCAUAUUCUGUGGGUACAUCGUGUAUGACACGGACAACCUUAUCAAGCGCUACUCUUACGAUGAAUACAUAUGGGCUGCUGUUGCACUGUACCUGGAUGUCAUCAACCUAUUCGUAUCACUCUUGACCAUUUUCAGGGCUGCUGAUAAUUGAAGAGAGUGCAGUUAGUUCUCUUCUUCCGUUCUCUUAUUUUGCAAUUAUCAUAAUGAAUCAUUUGGACUGCUGUUGGCAAAUAUAACAAUGAAUUGUAUAGUUGUAUGCACUGGAAUAUUUGUAUGAUUCCCGCUUUGAUUCCUCCCUUUCCACUCUCCGUGCUUUUUGCCCUCUUUAAUGCAAGUCACUUUAUGGUAUGAAAGCUUGUUUACAGUGUGUUUGGUAGAUGAGAAAUGUGAUGAAAUUGCUUUUUCAAUAUAUAUUCAGCUGUCCC